AAAUGUUAUUUCCAUCUUUUUUAUUAUCCAUAGUAAUUAUUAACCUUUCGUUAAUUAACUCUCAACAACAAAAACAGAGGGCAACAACCAAUCAGUCACAAAAAAGUGAAGUUAAAGUUAAGGGAUCUGUGGGCGUCACAAUUUUAGCAGUGGAAAUAUCUAAUAGUAAUAGAAGAUCUCCUGUUGUAGCUUUGCCCGCUGAAGAAAUUUAUUUUACACACAAUGGGAAAACACAUGUUGCCAACUUUAGUGAGGGAAGCAAUUAUAAUGGAACACUUGACAUCAAUGAAGUUUAUGUUGAUCAUGGAGGGCAAUGGACUUGUCAUGUUAAAACUAAAGAUCACGGACUUGUCUAUGGCACAAUUAAUGUUUAUAUUCGUCCAGUUGUGCUAAGCAACACACGGUUAAGAAUAUACGAUAUUCCAGAACAAAAAUUUCAAUUUGAAGGAAGUACUAAAACUGUUGUUCGUGGCAGUGAUGUUCUUUUGACUUGUCCAGUAUAUGGCAACCCAAAAGUUCAAUUUGUAUGGUUUAAAGGAGCACAAGAUAUUGGGGAUGAAAGGAUACACGUUGACACUAACGGCACUUUGCUAAUCAAAAAUGUCACUUAUCUAGAUCAUGGCAUUUAUACGUGCAAAGCAGUCAACACAAUUACUGACCGAUUUUCAAGUGUAAAUAAAAAAGUGCAAUCUACUGUAAGCAUAGAAAGAUAUCUACGAAUAAAAAGUGAAUUCUCUUGGCUUUUACCUCUCGGUGUAAUUAUUUUGUUGGUAUUUUUAUUACUUUUUAUCAUUGUUUUUUGUGAAAUGAGAAAAAGAAGAAAAGAACAAAAACAAUUAAUUAGCGUUAAUAGUGGAGCUGAUGAUGAUUAA